AUGAGUAGGGCACCACGCAACGGGAUUGCCUCGCAGCGGUAUGCCACGUCGGAGAGAGGCGUCCCAUACAAGCGCCAGCGCCUCGUAGCCGUCUCUCAGAGCAGCAGUGGCGGCGGCAGCAGCAUGUCCCUGAUUCCGAGAGACAACAAUACUCGCGGCCCCAGACGCCUGACGUUUAACAACUUUGACACUUUUAACUCACGAGAAAAGAAAUUGCCACCCGAUGCAAAUGCGGAGGUGGCGCCUAAUACCAAGCUUUGGCAACUUCAAGAGCGAGCUUCAUUUUAUUGCAAUAAGUGCAGACGGGACAAUAUCAUUUCGGACACAAUUGCUGUAGAUGCGGUGCAUCAAUUGAUGCUCUGCACACGGUGCUUCAUUCGUAUCAUUCGGCCCCGUUCGUACCGUCCCAGCCGUGUUGUACCUUUUCCAUCUCUUCUUUCGUGGCUAAACUACAAACCUUCAAAGGUGAUGGAGAUGUCUGAAGACAUUUCUAGCCGCCCCGCUGAAGCUGUGGCACCUUCAGGCGAACGCAUUGCCAACCCAACCCUCGGUGGUGGGGAUCGGCCCGCACAUAUUCAAAACCUCCCCGCCAUAGCAAUGAACACAGUACCCUCCGCGCGUGGCGGUGUAGUCACAGGUGGCAAAGGCUCAAGAUCAGCUCAGCGGCAGGAUGAGUCUCAUCCGUGUAUCCGCGUUUGGGGAAGUUGUGUACACGGUGAAACAUGUAUGUUUUGUCGUGCGCCAUACGAUUUGUGCAUCGCUUUUUUGAUGGGUUUGUGUCCUGGGGACGAGGAGAAAUGUCAUCUUCUGCACCAGAAAGUCUUUAGCCUACCGAAUGCGGCUGAUCCGAUGCCCCUGCAGCGCCGAGCGGAGGACGUGGAUGAUGCGGAGAGUGAGUGGGGCAAAUGGAUUGCACGGCGGAAAAAUAGCCCAAAUUCGGCAGAGUGGCAGUUGUGGCACAAUGGGCCCGUGUUGAACUUCCUCAACGUGUACGCCCCUGUGGCGCCCGAGGAGGAUAGGGAGAAGGAGGAAGAGGAUAAGGAAAAGCAGAGUAGCGGGAAGUCAGCGAUCAAGCUCAACUUUGCUGACAUCUCUGCAGCCCUUCAAAGUCUAAAGCAAUAA